AUGGUUCUCACUGUCUAUCACAGAUUCCAGGGUCCGCGCGCCGCACCUUACGACUCAACGUGGAAAGAUCAAGAUGGCAUCUGGACAAUUACUCCAACCUUCGAUACCAGGUACGGUAUGCUUCGGCAAUCAAAAUUGGUGGAUGGCUCAACGGUGACCAUUCGUUCAGGGCGCGGCCCCCAAGCCCCGUGGUUUCUAUCAGUCCUCCGCACAUCCGCAGGCCUCUUCGUUCCCUGUAUCACCACUUCAGAGCAGUUUGUAUGGAGAAUUCGCGAAGUCCUGAGGCCUCAGUCUUCUAAAAGCACCAUCAGCGACAAACCCUCGCUCAGUCCUCUCAAACAUGACAGUUCGCUGUGCUUGACUUUCGAUUUCGAGGACAACCCCCGUGGCUACCGGGACUUCAAAGACGACGACCGUGGUUUCCGCAACGUAGAAUUUCCGCCGAGUGAGAGCAAGCGGCUCGUCCUUGUCGAGUCGCCUAACAAAUCAGAUGUCUGGCAGGACCGCGGAGUACUUCUCUUGGCCGAUGGGGAUGACUUGAAGCCCGAGUCGUCUACGAGGAUCAUGACUCUGGAUGAUGUGGAGAUCACGGUGAGGAUUGCACAGUUCAGGAUUGACGUUCGCGACGGUAUGGAUGAUGAUUAUGACAUCCUCCAGAAGGACGGUAAUGAUAUUGAGUCGCAGUGCAAGGAGCAGGAGAAGAAGAUCAAGACUAAAGACCAUGGCGUUAGAGAAUGA